AUGCCCCAGCCAGCAAAAACAUCCCGCGCGCGGCAUUCUAACGAUAGUACGUACUGUAUCGUAUCGGGCGGUGGGACCACGGCGGCGCGCGGGGCGGGGGGGUUUGACGGCGAUGGUGUUUCUUCAUCCGGCUCCCUUGCGGAGAAUACGUACGUACGUACGUUGUACAUGGAGGCCCAAGACGUGAAGGGUCAAUACGUGUCCGGCGUACGUAGUGUGUGUCCACCGGUUGUGGUGUGGUUGCGGAUGUCAGUCCGUGCCGACGCGCACGCGACUGGAGUAGACACGCACGUGGAGGAGGGUUCGCCUGUCCACUCUAUAUACAUGUUCUUGCACUCGUCGCCCUCCUUCCUUGGCCAUGGAUGGACGGAUCGGGCAAUAGUACUGUGCGGCAUGACACAUGCCAGACGAAAGGCCACUGGCGCAUCAGGUACAUUAUGUACUCCCAGGUGCAGUACCUACCUACCUAGACGGUACGUUAGUUAUUGGUCACCCCCGGGGAUAGACGGAUGCGUAGAUCUGGAAGAGAGGAGGCAUGCUGGGGAGAGAGCAGGAACCAUAUGCGCGCGUGUGGCUUGUCUGUUUUCGAUGAUGAGUUACUUGUCACAUUUUAGUCUGGGGGGAGUAUUUAUCCUUCUCCUCGUGUCUGCUUCGAGAGAACGGCGGGAACAGAUAUCGGCCAAAACGACGUGGGAGGGCAGAGGAAGCUGCUGGCCGGCGCGCUCUAGUCUCUCUCUCGUCGCUAGGCGCCGGAGUUUUCCAGGCAGGCAGGCAGGCAUGUACAUGCAUGGCAUGAUCGUUGGCCCUUGCGUACGUUCCAUGUGGAGUUUACGGGCACUAUAUACCCGUACAGCCCAGUACUACGUAGAACGAAUUAUCGGAACGCGCACAUGGGACUUUUUGUUGGGUUUUAUUCAGCACCGCCCAGCACUGCAUUGUACUGCACUGCUUAGCCUUGCUUGUUCCUGGCGCAUCGCUGUUCGCACACUAAUAGCGUUGCUUCUCGUAUGA